GAGAGUCACACACAUAGGAGAGGGAGAGGAGGGAGAGGGACGCAAAGAUAUUUGUUUCCAUUUCGGGCAAGUGUCCGUCACUUGCUUCUCUGGGGAGGGCUAGGGUUUCGUGGUGUGGAAAAUUGUUGCUGUUCUUUCAUCUUUUGCUUCCGGCUUUUGGGAGGAUUGAGCUCCGGCCUGUUGUCCUCGAUUGCUUCGUUUGGGUUCAAUCUCGAAAAUGGAGAAGGGAGGGAGAUGAAAUGUUGGCUGUUGCAGUCUCUCGAUUCUUCAGGGAAAGCCUAAUAUGUGAUUGAAUGAAGUCUUGUGCAACAUGGAUGAAGUGGACGAAGAAGUGACUGCAGUUGAUGCAGCUGAGGCCACUCACCUUCAAAGCAAAGAGACUGAGUAUUCUGUGAAACCCAACAGCUGUAAUAUUUUGGAGCCACGGGAGAUGGUUAUACCUGGUGAGAGUGGUUAUCCCUCUAGCUCUCAUGAGGUAUUUUCUGAUAUUUUUGAUGGCAAGAAUCUAAGCAGAAAUGCAAGUGGCUUAGCUGAAUCUGAACAUCCUUAUGCUAGUCCUCACUCUAUGGACAGUGUUGGCAUUGUUGAAGAGCUGACACUGAGAAAUUAUAAUAGUGCUAAGUUGGCUGUAGUUGCCUCAAAUAAUAGAGAAAGAACACAGACCAGGCAGAACCAGUGGCUAGGAGGUGGAUCAGGAAUUGGUGGCUCAAUUGGAGAUGUAUACAGAGACAAUGGGCAGGUAUCGUCAGCUCAGUCACAGUGGGAGGAUAUGGAGCAUAUGUCUUUGCCAGAAUUUUUGGCUCAAAAACCCUCUAGUCACAACCACAACGAAAUCGUGGGACAAUUAGAAAAUAAUGAACAUAGAGCAGUUUCAGCUCAUACAUUUCCACCUGGAGGUAUCCGGACAAAAAUUCUAUCUAAAUCUGGCUUUUCUGAGUUUUUUAUCAAGAAUACUUUGAAGGGUAAGGGGAUAAUACGUAGAGGCCCAACUCAAGAUAGCACUGGUGUUGAGUUAAGGGGUCAGAAUAAUGCAAAAGCGGCUGGUGUAAAUGUGAUGGUUUCUGAUGCUUCAAUGAAUUCAAGUGCAAAAGCUAUGCGGCCUUGUCCUCAUGGUGUCACUGGAUUUGGUCAUGGUCCUGAUUCAUCCACAGACGGAGUUAGUUUGAGAGAAUGGCUGAAAAGUGGGCGCCAUAAAGUAAAAAAAGUCGACUGCUUAUAUAUAUUUAGGCAGAUAUUGGAUUUUGUUGAUUUGUCUCAUUCCCAAGGAUUGGCCUUGCAAGACUUACGACCAUCUUAUUUGAAGUUGUUGCCAUCAAAUCAGGUUAAAUACCUUGGAUCAUGCAUCCAUGGGGAAAUUAUGGGGAGUGUUGUGGAUCAAGAUAUUCCCCAAAGUGAGGAUCAUGUGAUAGGGAAGAGGCCAGUAGAAUGGGGUCUUUUUCCCUCAGUUAGUUCAUGCACAAAGAGGCAAAAGCUUACUGAGCUCACAAACAUUAUUAGAUGGCAGCCUCCACUUCCAUCAAGACCCAGCUUCAAACUUGAAGCUGGAAAAUUUUUAGCUGAUACUAAUGGUGUUGCUCAUAGAACUUUUGGGCAUGGAACCAAUGAUGAACAUAGUCCAAAUCCAGGAUUUAAAACUCAGAGCAAGUGCAGCAGUCCUUGUAUGUCUAAUACAGCGCAACAGCGGUUGAUUCUUGAAAGUGAUCAAUUGGAGAAGAAGUGGUAUACUAGCCCUGAGGAUAUUAGUAAAAGGAGCAGUGCACUAUCAGCAAAUAUCUACCAGCUGGGGGUUCUUCUGUUUGAGUUACUUGGCUCUUUUAACACAGAAAGAUCACAUGUUUCUGCAAUGUCGGAUCUGCAUCAUAGGAUUCUUCCUCGGCAUUUCUUAUCGGAAUAUCCAAGGGAAGCUGGAUUCUGUCUUUGGUUACUUCAUCCUGAACCCUCAUCGCGCCCAAUGACAAAGAUUACUGUAGUACUAUGGAACACUAGUAAGCGGAAGACAAUAAGUGCAUGUUUAAGGGAAAUCCUGCAUUCUGAAGUAAUUAGUGGACUUCAAGAAGUUUUUGGAGAUGAGUUGUCGUCAUCUAUUGACCAGGAUGAUGUGGAGUCAGAAUUAUUAUUGCAUUUCCUUUUGUCAAUGAAGGAGCAAGAGCAGAAACAUGCUUUCAAGUUAGUGGAAGACAUUCGGUGCUUAGAAGAUGAUAUUGAAGAGGUUGGGAGAAGACACUUGUCAAAAAAAUCUUUGUUUUUUUCUUCUUCACAGAGGGACCACAACAGUGGCAGGGAAAGUAUCUUGCCUUCUGAAAAAAUUCCUAGUCUGGAGGCACCCAGUGUUUCUUUUCUUUCCAGUACAAAUGAUUUGAGAUUGAAGAAGAAUAUGAGUCAGCUUGAAAGUGCUUACUUCUCCAUGAGAUCAAAAGUCCAGCUUCCUGUGUUUGAUGAUACAGCACGUUCAGAUAAGGAUUUAUUGAUGAAUCAAGAGAAUAGUGACACAAGAGAGAAGCCUAAUGAUCGCCUAGGGGCCUUUUUUGAUGGUUUAUGCAAGUAUGCUCGUUAUAGUAAGUUUGAAGUACGUGGGAUAUUAAGGACAGGGGAUUUCAUUAGUUCUGCAAAUGUAAUUUGCUCUUUAAGCUUCGACCGGGAUGAGGACUAUUUUGCUGCUGCUGGGGUAUCAAAAAAAAUUAAGAUAUUUGAUUUUCAUGCUCUCUUUAAUGAUUCUGUUGAUAUUCAUUAUCCAGUAGUUGAGAUGUUAAACAGAUCAAGGCUAAGCUGUGUUUGCUGGAACUACUAUAUCAAGAACUAUUUGGCUUCAACGGACUAUGAAGGUAUUGUUAAGCUAUGGGAUGCAGGUACUGGGCAAGGAUUUUCUCAAUAUAUUGAGCACCAAAAAAGAGCUUGGUCUGUUGACUUUUCUCGUGUGGAUCCCACAAAAUUAGCCAGUGGAAGUGAUGAUUAUUCUGUGAAGCUGUGGAGCAUUAAUGAGAGGAAUUGUUUAGGUACAAUCAGAAAUGCUGCAAAUGUAUGCUCUGUUCAGUUUUCUGCUCACUCCACUCAUUUGUUGGCCUUCGGUUCUGCUGAUUACAAAACCUAUUGCUACGAUCUUCGGAAUGCUAAAACACCCUGGUGUAUAUUGGCUGGCCAUGAUAAAGCUGUCAGCUAUGUGAAGUUCUUGGACUCCGAAACACUUGUUUCUGCAUCAACUGAUAACACACUAAAGCUCUGGGAUCUUAACAAAACCAGUCCUAGUGGUUUGUCCACCAAUGCUUGCUGCUUAACCCUGAGGGGACAUACUAAUGAGAAGAACUUUGUGGGCUUAUCUGUUGCUGAUGGGUACGUUGCAUGUGGUUCAGAAACAAAUGAGGUUUAUGCGUACCACAGAUCCAUGCCCAUGCCAAUCACUUCCUACAAGUUUGGUUCCAUCGAUCCCAUUUCUGGAAAAGAGACUGAUGAUGACAAUGGGCAGUUUGUCUCCAGUGUCUGCUGGAGAGAGAGAUCAGAUAUGGUUGUUGCUGCCAAUUCCACUGGGUGUAUGAAAGUGUUGCAGGCAAUCUAAAGAAAAGGUACCCCUCCCUGAGAUCAGCUAAAGAAAUGGCAGUCCAGUUUGGUGCCUUCUUUCAAUCUUGAGGGUCCCGAAGUUCUAUCAUCCAUCUGUUCAUAUAAAAUUGGUUGCCUGAACGCCCCAUUCUGUGAUUGGGCCUAUACAGACGCAUAAAGAAUUGCUAAGAAGACCUUAUGAACAUUUGCCAUAAUGUGAGAUGAGAAGCUUCAGCUGAAUGUACUGCUGCAUUUCAGCCGUAAAGAGUCUGAAGAUAAUCCGGCACGGUGUUUAGAACCAGUUUCAGGUUUUGAAGAUGAAGUUUUUAAAUUCCGCAAAAAAAUAUCACAGCUUAAAAACCAGAUCUGCCCUUGCUAGAAGGAGCAGGAGAGAAAUGGAAUUUAAAAUUUAGCAUAAUAGGGACAAGAUGAAUUUGGACAAUGGAUAUCAGAGCAAGCAGCUUCUAAGAUUGAAAUCGAAUCUGCAAGGUGCUACACUUCAUGUAAAUUGGAUUCAAGAACCUGAUGUGGUUCUGGCCCAUUUUCCCACUUCCUCCUGAGCACUAAUGCUGAACAGGUGUGCAGCCCUUUCUUUAAGUUUUGAUUUAGGGACUUGCACCUGUUAUUGAGUUGUUUGUUCAUGAGGCAGUUCAAAAAGCAGUGUUUGCGCGUGCGUCUAACCAAGUCUUAGAAAUUCCCAAUGUAGUUAUAUGGAAAUGUUAAAAUCUAUACCCUAGCAUUUGUAUAUUUUUUGAUUUUGAUGUAUAUGAUAUUUGUUUAUUUGUCUUUAGAGAUCUUGUUGAAUAUUUUUUUGGGUAUCCCUGUAUAUAAUUUUAAUUAUUAUGUAUGAUUUUUUUUUUUUUCUUUCA